ACGACUCUUUCCAUUUCCAGUUUCCCUUCGCAUAUAUAGAGAGAGAGAGAGAGAGAGAGGGAGAGAGAGAGAGAGAGAGAGUCGUUACCUCCUCCUAAGGGAUACGGGUUCUAUCCCUUACUCUAUCCAUCAUCCCAAUGGCCACAAUCCUCAGAACUCCAACGUCCCUGGUCCCUCCAUUAGUCCAUAGCUCCACAUCUUUGGAAACUCCGAAACGUUUAUGUUUUCCUUUGAACCAGAGAUGUAUAAGACCUUUCCGUUUAUCACUCUCCAAUCGUUCAUUUAAAUCAUCAUUUCGGUUUUCAAAGUUGACAUCUUUUUCUGCCACCGGAGAAACUACAGAGACCAACGAGGUUGAAGAAACUGAAGUUCAGGAAAGCUUGGAUGACGAAGCUCCCACGGAAGAUGGUGCGAGUGAUGGUGGUGUUGUCAAUGCGGAAGAAAAACCAGCUUCUGCGAUCAUAGCAUCACUUCAAGCAUAUAAGGAAGCAUUAUCAAGUAAUGAUGAGUCCAAGGUUGCUGAGAUAGAAGGCUUCCUUCUGUCCCUUGAAGAUGAGAAAAUCUCUCUUGCAGACAAAGUAGCUACUUUGUCUGAAGAAUUGUCAGUGGAGAGAGCUCGGAUUCUUAGGAUCAGUGCGGACUUUGAUAAUUUUCGGAAGAGGACAGAGAGAGAUCGGCUUUCCUUGGUGACAAAUGCACAGGGGGAAGUGGUGGAGAGUCUGUUGCUCGUGUUAGAUAACUUUGAGCGAGCUAAAGCCCAAAUUAAAGUUGAGACUCCUGGAGAGGAGAAGAUCAACAAUAGCUAUCAAAGCAUAUAUAAACAGUUCACUGAGAUUCUGGGAUCAAUUGGUGUUGUUCCUGUGGAGACAGUUGGGAUCCCCUUUGACCCAUUGCUGCAUGAGGCGAUAAUGCGUGAAGAGUCCGCAGCAUUUGAAGAAGGUAUCAUAACUGAACAAUUCCGCAAGGGUUUCAAACUUGGUGACAGGCUCUUGCGUCCAUCAAUGGUCAAGGUAUCAGCUGGUCCUGGCCCAGCAAAGUCUGAAGAAGCAGGGCCAUCAGAGAAUGCGGAUAACAGCAGUGAAACAAAUGAAGGGACGAGUCCAGAAGGAGAAUCUACAUAAUUCUUUCUGCAUAUUUAAAUCUAGAUCAGUUUUGUAGAAGUGGUUGUAGUUCUAAAGGUUGUGUGUUAUACUGUCGACGACUCAACAUUGUUUUCUGGUGAAGUAAUUGUCGCAUGGGAAAAUUUAUGAGUACACUGUUUCAGAUGGCAUUGAAGGUUUGAAACUUAUUCAGGGAAUGCAAUUGUAUAAGAUAACUUUCAAGGUAGGAUAUCUUCUUGGAUUUUCUCUUUUGGUUGAUUAAUGUGUUCUCUUCUUUACCCUCUUUCUAAUGACCAUGUUUUUAGUUUUA